UGUAGUACCUCACCAUGCCUGAGCCAGCGAAGUCCGCUCCUGCUCCGAAGAAGGGCUCCAAGAAGGCGGUGACCAAGGCGCAGAAGAAGGACGGCAAGAAGCGCAAGCGCAGCCGCAAGGAGAGCUACUCCGUGUACGUGUACAAGGUGCUGAAGCAGGUCCACCCGGACACCGGCAUCUCGUCCAAAGCUAUGGGCAUCAUGAACUCCUUCGUGAACGACAUUUUCGAGCGCAUCGCGGGCGAGGCGUCGCGCUUGGCUCAUUACAACAAGCGCUCGACCAUCACAUCCAGGGAGAUCCAGACGGCCGUGCGCCUGCUGCUGCCCGGGGAGCUGGCCAAACACGCGGUGUCCGAGGGCACCAAGGCCGUCACCAAGUACACCAGCUCCAAGUGAGCCAUCUGGCUGCAUAGUAAUCAGAUUUUUUCACCCAAAGGCUCUUUUCAGAGCCACAUACUUUUUCUAUAAA